CAAAAAGAGACCUCCAAGCUUCUCUCAACCAUAUUGGAAGUGCAACCAAGAACAAGUGGAGAUAAAAAGGGUCGGACCCAUGAUGAUGUCGUUUUCGAGCUUGCUGGAAAUCUUCUUGCACAUCUCCCACCUCUGAUACCAAAGGAGAAAGCGAAAGCUGAUCUCUUCAACACAGAUCGUAAAGGCCGAGUUAACUCACUCACAACAGUGCUUGUGCAAGAAGUUGAUCGCUACAAUAACCUACUUAAUAUCAUUAAAAUUUCGUUGACCCAACUACAAAAAGCAGUCAAGGGCUUCCUGGUUAUGUCUGAGAAGUUAGAGAAGAUCUAUAACUCCUUUUUGCUCAACUUAGUCCCAGAAGCCUGGGAGAAUGCUGCUUAUCCUAGCUUGAAACCUCUUGGCUCAUGGAUGAAGGACUUAGCUUUGAGGGUGCAGUUCAUCACCCUUUGGUUGAAAAAUGGUGCUCCAACCUCUUUCUGGAUAUCGGGUUUCUUCUUCCCACAAGGAUUUCUGACGGGCGUCUUGCAGAACUAUGCAAGGAAAUACGACUUCCCGAUUGAUCAUCUGUCAUUUGAUUUCACCGUUCUUCCAAACUUUCGUGAUCAAGAGACUUAUAUUAGGCUUAUGGAUACCCUCAAGUACGAGGAAAUUCAUCCGGAAGAUCGGACUAUUGCAAUACCAGAAGAUGGUGUUUUGAUCCAUGGGCUCUUCAUGGAUGGAUUUAGAUGGGAUAUAAACACAAUGAUGAUCGCUGAUUCCUUAUCUGGAGUGACCAUGGAACCCAUGCCAAUGAUCCAUAUGAAACCGGAAAUGGACUUUAAACCGGAUACUGAUCGUUAUGUCGCGCCACUCUACAAAACAUCAACAAGAGCUGGUGUACUAUCAACUACCGGCAUUUCAACGAAUUUCAUCACUGCUAUUCCACUGCCAAGCUCUGAACCACAAGAGAGAUGGAUCAGCUAUGGAGCUGCCUUACUCUGUGAGAACGUUUAA